AGCUUGUGAAUAAAAAUAUUAUUUUACACUCAUUACCCAACAUUUUUUUAUCGAUUACAACGUGUAAAUUUUUUUUUUCUGCAGAUUUUUAAGGCUGGAGUGAAGGAGGAGGAGCAGAACGGAACCUCAUGAUCGUUGAUCAAUGAGCCCAAAUGAUACGAGAAGAAAAUGUGGAGAAUUAGAGCGGUGUUACAGAGAGGGCAAAAGCUUAUCAAUUCCAUUGCGGGUAACCCAACAAGAAGAUGUCUGAGCAGCAAUAGCUCUUGUAAUUAUGGUGGGUGUACAAAAGUUAUGAGCUUUGGUGAUGGCAGCCAUGGAGCUAUUGGACUACCCACAUCUCUUACUGGCCUUGGAACCGACGCAUACGAACCCAUAUGCAUCCCUGGCCUUCCCUCCGAUAUUGUGGGAGUUAGCGCCGGCCACUACCACUCCCUUGUCAUCACUUCUCAAGGGGAGCUUUGGGCCUGGGGCCGCAACCAUGAGGCCCAGCUCGGCCACAGCCUGCUUGCCUCCAGCAGAGAUACAUGGAAUGAGCCAAAGAGGGUAGAAGGGUUGAAUCAAGUCCAAGUCCUUUCUGCAUUUGCAUCUGGUGUUGUCUCUGCAGCAAUCGGAGAUGAUGGCUCUUUGUGGAUUUGGGGGAAGUCUAAGCGGGGUCAGCUUGGUCUUGGGAAAGGAAUCAAGGAGGCCUUGGUACCAGCCAGAGUUGAAGCACUUGCUGGAGAAAAGAUAGCUAAGGUAUCAUUUGGUUGGGGGCAUGCCCUUGCAUUGACUGAGGAAGGAAAGUUAUUUGGCUGGGGUUAUUCAGCUGACGGUAGGUUAGGAAAGAUUACCGGAGCUGUAGAGGCGUCUCCACUGGAUUCACGUGCAGAUAUGGUUAAAUCUAACCAACAACUUUCAAAAUCAAUUCUGGAAGCUGUAGAAAGGCAUGUCUUAGAAGGAAUGGAGAAUGAAAAAGACAUGCCAAUAGUCUGGGAUCCUUGUUUAGUGGAAGAAUUACAUGGAACUGAAGUUGUAGACAUUGCCUGUGGGCUUGAUCAUUCCUUGGUUCUUUGCCGUGAUGGCACUUUAUUGAGCUCUGGAAGCAAUAUAUACGGUCAGUUGGGCAGAGCAAAUCAUGAAAUAGGAUUGUUUCCAGUUGAUAUAAACUUCCAGCUGUCGUCGAUAGCAGCAGGCCUUGGCCAUUCUUUGGCAAUUAGUGGAGUUGUGUCAUCAGAAGGAAAUGCAACUAGUAUUGUUUCAUGGGGAUGGAAUCAGAACUCCCAGCUUGGAAGGAUAGGACCAGAGAACCUCCCACUGGAGGUUGAGGGAUUGGCAGGAGAGAGUAUCGUUUCAGUGUCCGCAGGGCGAGUACAUUCCCUUGCCCUCACAUCCAAAAGAGAGGUGUGGGUUUGGGGCUGUGGUAAGAAUGGCAGACUUGGGCUGGGGAGUUCUACUGAUGAAACUGAACCUGUCUUGCUUGAUAAUUUAGACAGUUAUGAAGUUUUACAAGCUGUGUCAGGCUUUGAUCAUAAUCUAGUCUUGAUAGCUCAAUGAUGCAUGUUGAAAAGAAUUAUUGUAGUUAGAUGAUUCCUGCAGUUUUGCUUUUGCCAAAUCUCUUACUGAUUUCUUGGGUUUUUAGAAGCAAAAGUUAAUCUUUCACAACCUUUAGUCGAUUUUACUGCGGAUGCUGGAGGCCAUCUCUCACAGCACAUACAUCUACAUGUCAUGCUCAUAUCCAUGACUUGUUACAUUAUUCCAUCCAUGUAUUAUUAUUAUUAUUAUUAUUAUGGUGAGAUGUAACUUCAUAUUGGGCUAUGACAUUUGUGUUUUGCCAUCAAGAUUAAGGUUCUGUACCUGCUGUAUUUUCUGAUUUAUCGUAAUGAAUUUGCAUUUUUGACCUCAAAAA